CUUGAAAGAUAUGAAUCAUGUCUAAGAAAAACGGAGGGUGGGUGGUGAGAGUGCUUGGCGCACUAGCAGACAUAUGGGCCCCAUCAUCAUCACUGUCUCCACCACCUCUUCAACCUAACACCUCCCUCCAUCCCUCCUUCCCUCCCUCCUCCCCCCUCUCUCUCUCUCAAACCCCUUCCGUUUCUCUCUCUUUCUCUCUCUCUCUAAAACCCACACAUUCUUCAACCCUCUUUCUCUUGAUCAGUUUCAUGGAAGGCACACUUGGGUUGCUUGGUGGUGGAGGUGGGUCUUCUGGGGUCUCAUCAAACGAGUCGACAAUGUCAAAGGCGGAGGUGGUGGCGGUGGAGCAAGACUAUGUGGGGAUGUCCUCUGAGGCAACCUCUUACCCGGCUGAGGCAGAGCUUGAGCUGGGCCUCAGCCUUGGUGGUGGUGGUGGAGGGAAGCUCGGCAAGCCGUGUGCAUGGGGUGAGCGUGGUAGAAUCUUGACUGCCAAGGACUUCCCUUCUACGGUGGUUUCUCACGGAGGCUCUUCAGCUGCGUCUAGGUUCUCUCACAGACCCAAUGCAUCUGCUGCUGUUGCUGUUUCUGGGACUAAGAGAGCAGCUGACUCUGUUCCCCAAGAGGGUGGCUCUCCCACUGCUGUAAGUCAGGUUGUGGGAUGGCCACCUAUAAGUGCUGCAAGGAUGAACAGCUUGGUUAACCAAGCAAAGACUGCAAGGGCUGAAGAUGACAAGGCAGUCGGAAAAUCUAAGGACACAUCGAAGAAGAAGAUCAACAUGGGUAGUAAGACAACUGCGAAAGAGAAAGGGCAUCUUGGAUUUGUUAAGGUGAACAUGGAUGGAAUUCCUAUUGGGAGGAAAGUGGAUUUGAAUGCUCACUCUUGCUACGAGACUUUGGCUCAAACACUCGAGGAAAUGUUUAUCAGCCCCACUACAAUUAUUGGUGGAGACAUGGAACAAGCGAAAAAACCCUCAAAGCUUCUGGAUGAAUCGUCUGAAUUUGUGCUCACAUAUGAAGAUAAAGAGGGAGAUUGGAUGCUUGUUGGAGAUGUUCCUUGGGGAAUGUUCCUCAGCUCAGUGAAAAGGCUUCGUAUCAUGAGGACAUCUGAGGCUAAUGGUCUUGCUCCAAGAUUUCACGAAAGGAGCGAGAGACAAAGAAACAAACCCAUCUAGAAUACAAGUGCUGCUUCCCCUUUAUUUUUACGUCUGGUCAGAUGAAUGAACCUACGGUUUGACAACAGAAGGAAGUAGAAAUUCGACGAGACAAAAACUGCGAAGAUCGGCUUCCGCUGGGAUUUGCUUGCUAAAACCAUUCUCUGGUUCUUGCUGGUUUUUAUUUUUCUUUCUUGGGUAGGGGUUUUAUAGGUUUUUACAGGCUCUUACGUAACGCUAGCAUACAGGCCUGCAUACUCGGCUACGUGCUGCUGCUGCUGCUGCUGCUGCUUUCUCAUACUGUAAAUAUGGGAGCACUUCACUUCAUAUCUAAGAGAGUGUUGAGUUUUGCUGCAAAAGAAGCUUGUGUGGUUUUCUUUUUUAUUAAUUAUUUAUUUUGGUUGUUUUGCUUA